AUGGGUGUUAUUAGGAAGAAAACGAUCACGAGAGGUGGUGAAGGUGGUGUCAAAUAUGUUUGCGACGUUUGUUCAUCCGACAUUACAUCCACUGUCCGCAUUCGAUGUGCCGACGCAGCCUGCAGUGAUUUCGACCUCUGCGUUUCAUGCUUCGCCAAAGGUGAAUCUCGUAAUGCUCACAACCCAGCGACACACGCUUUUCGUGUAAUUGAACAAAACUCAUUCCCCAUCUUUGCUCGAGAAUGGGGAGCCGACGAAGAACUACUUCUCCUUGAGGGUGCAGAGAUCUAUGGUCUCGGUUCAUGGGCAGACAUUGCCGAUCAUAUCGGUGGCUUCCGAGAGAAGGACGAAGUUCGCGACCACUAUCUAUCGACAUACGUUGACUCGCCUGCCUUUCCAUUACCAAAACGAUGCAGCCCCCACGACUGCGAGUUGGCGAACGAGAUCCCUCGAGAAGAAUUUCAAUCGCGCAAGAAGAGACGAAUCGAGGAGCGACGAGAUGCAGCCAAGAAUGCGCCAGCUCUGCAACCCAAGACCAAACCGACGGCUAGUGUCCCCAGUUGUCACGAGAUUCAAGGAUACAUGCCUGGUCGUCUGGAGUUCGAGACCGAAUAUGCGAACGAGGCCGAGGAAGCUGUCCAGCUGAUGCAGUUUGAUCCAGGCGAUGGACUCAACCCUAGAACUGGAGAGCUUGAACCUGAAAUGGAACUCAAGCUUACUGUGAUGGACAUCUACAACGCCCGUCUGACGCAACGUGUGGAGCGUAAAAAGGUCAUAUUUGAACACAAUCUACUCGAUUAUAGGGAGAAUACGAAAUUGGAAAAGAAGCGCACAAAGGAAGAGAAGGAUCUAUUGCAAAAGGCCAAGCCAUUCGCCCGAAUGAUGAACCGCCAGGACUUUGAGGAGCUUAACCAAGGUCUCCUUGAUGAGCUCAAUCUACGACAAGCCAUUACGCAACUGCAAGAAUGGCGCAAUGUUCGCAUCGGAGACCUUCGCAGCGGAGAAAAAUACGAGACGGAGAAGGCAUCGCGAAUUCAAAAGGCCAUACCUAUGGGCUCGAUGGAUCGCGAACGUCUGGCGUCUGCUCAACGGUCCAAGCAGCCUCCUCCGCCUGAGCCUCCAAGUGGAGCAGCUCUCCUCAUCGCACCAGAACUGCCCGCUCGUCUGCUGCCUCCAGCCAACCCCGAAGUAAACGGAGAGACCAAGGCAUUGACGAAUGGUCAUAUCAGCGAGCAGUCAAACGGCCAGACAAAUGGGCAGGUCAACGGUAAUGGCGUCAACGGAGUCAAUGGCCAUGCUACACCCAAACAGAGAUACGCGGCUCAACCGAUAUCAGGCGUGCAACCCAUGCCAAUGACCCAAGACACCGCUCCAGAUUUGCACCUUCUGACUCCAGAAGAGGCCAAACUGUGCGAGGUUAUUAGACUGCAGCCCAAACCAUACCUGAUGAUUAAAGAGCAAAUACUCAAGGAAGCUCUCAAGACGAACGGCACACUCAAGAAGAAGCAGGCAAAGGAGAUUUGUCGAUUGGACUCACAAAAAGGAGGGCGCAUUUUCGAUUUCUUUAUCAAUUCGGGGUGGGUGGGCAAGGCGUGA